AUGGAAGUUGAGCAAAUAUAUGGUAAAGCACUGGAUCUGGGGUCGCGUGAGUUUCGUCAUGGCAAUUUCUCCAAAGCCCUUAAGAUUUACGCGAGAGGUAUUUCUAUAGGCGAUACAAGAAACAAAAAAGAAGGUACAUACAAAACACAUAAGCACUACUCUAACAAAUACAAAACGUUGGUGGAUUGCCGCUCUGCUUGCUUUCAGAAGCUUGAACUAUUUGACAGGGCAUUGGAUGAUUCAAACUUCUUAAUAUCCGUAGACAAGUAUGGAACCAAAGGGUACUUAAGAAAGGCCAAAAUAUUAUGCCUCACAGGAAAUCAGAAAGCUGCACUUACAACACUUCAUUAUGCCGCCAAAAGGAUUCAAAUGGGAAUGCAAAAGUAUGGGAAACAGCUGAGGGUGAAUAAAAAAUUGUUUGGUCAACUAUUGGAGGAAAGAUCUAGGUUGGCCGAAAAGUUGAAUUUCAUUAUCAUUGCAAAUUUUGAAGGGAAGGAACAUUUAAAGCGCAUAGAAUCGAAAACAGACUUUGUGUCCAUAUUUCCUCUUGAGGUGAUAUCUGAGGUGAUGCAUUACUUGGAUCAAAAGGACAUACUCUCUGUUUUAACUGUUUCACAUGCAUGGAAUCAGACUUUCACUUCUUUACCACAGGCAUUAAAAUUUCCAAAGUUGGUGAAGCCUAUCAGCCGAAAGCGAUUUGCCAAAUUCAUGCAAUUCUGCAAUGCGGUCUUUGAGAAUUCGUGUUCACAUAGAUUCAUAGAUAAAUUAGAGAUUAUCCCCGUUAGGAAUGAUGAGUUAUCUGUGUUCUCCCAACUCUCGGAAGCCUCAAUUAGAAUCUCUCAUCUUUCCCUAAGUCUUCGAGUGAUAGAUAAUCUAAAACUUUUAAAAUUAUUGGAUUCUAAUGAUGACAUGAGAAAACUGUUUGGAUUGUUGGAUUUUUUUGCGCUUCAAAUGCCUCUAGUUGAGGAUCAACGGGGAAUAAGCUAUUUCUUAUCUUACUUAUUGAACUGUAAAGUUUUAAUGCUUAAUUUAAGUGGAACUCGCUUCUCCAAUUCAUCUGAGAAUGAUAACAUGAAGAUGGUAUUGCCAAACUUGAAGAGACUAUAUUUAAAUAUGAUUUAUCCCGCACGAGCCCAACGGCAGGAUAAUUCAGGGAUUAUGAGGCAGAUUUUCCAAUAUGUUGAUAUGCCAUCAUUGGUGAGCAUUGAUCUCACUGAUUGUGUUGUUACUAAUUCCGAUCUUGUAAAAGCAUUUAAUCCGGAUUUGAAGGUAUUAAAAUUACGAAGGAUACCUCGAUUGACAGUUUCUUCAAUUACAAUGGUCUUAGAAGAUAUUGGUUGUAAAUUGGAAAGUUUUUCCUUUAUACAGAAUGACCUCGAGCAUAUAGUACCUGAAACUAUGCAAAACAUGGAUCUUUCCAUUUUUGAAAAUCUAAGGGUAUUAGAACUUGAGAAAACAUAUAUUACAGCUGUGGGACUUACAAAACUUUUGGAGUCCACCCACGGCUUAUUGGAGAAAGUUUCCCUUGUAUCAAAUGGACAGUUAGCAUUUGGAUAUGGACCUUUAAGCAAUCGACUAUUGACAACCUUUUCAAUUCUUCCGUAUCACAACUUUGUUGCCUGCUGCCCAAACUUGGUAUCGUUAUCAUUAGUUCAGUGUUGCAAUUUAGACGACCAUUCAAUCAGUACAUUAUCUAAAGAGAUAAUAGACCAAGGACAACCACAAAAUCUUAAAGAACUUGACCUUUCCUAUAAUAAUUUAACAUCACGCGCACUAACUUUCUUAUUUAACAGAUACUCGUGGCUUAAACUUGCUAUCCUUAAGGUGAAUGGGAUAUAUCUUUCCGAAGAGGAAGUAACAUUUUUGACUACACGUGGAUUUUGUACCAAAAUUGAAUGCAGACCUGUUGCUUAA